GGCCACCGGCGGGGCAUGGAGGCGGCCCACAGCCUCCCGGUGGCCGACGUCCUCCGGCGGUUCGGUGUCAGCGAGAGCUGCGGGCUCAGCCCCGAGCAGGUCCGGCGGAGCCGGGAGAAGUACGGCCCCAAUGAGCUGCCUGCAGAAGAAGGAAAAUCCCUCUGGGAGUUGGUGCUGGAGCAGUUUGAAGACCUCCUGGUCCGCAUCCUUUUGAUGGCAGCUUUUCUGUCAUUUAUCCUGGCCUGGUUUGAAGAAGGAGAGGAGACCACGACAGCAUUUGUGGAGCCCAUUGUCAUUAUCAUGAUCCUGAUUGCCAAUGCUGUGGUGGGUGUGUGGCAGGAGAGAAAUGCUGAGAGUGCCAUUGAAGCCUUGAAGGAGUAUGAGCCCGAGAUGGGGAAGGUGAUCCGUGCCGACCGGAGCGGGGUGCAGCGGAUCCGUGCCCGGGAUAUUGUCCCUGGGGACAUCGUGGAGGUGGCAGUUGGUGACAAGGUGCCAGCAGACAUCCGGAUCAUUGAAAUCCUCUCCACCACUCUGCGGGUCGACCAGUCCAUCCUCACAGGAGAGUCUGUGUCAGUGAUCAAACAUGCUGACCCCAUCCCUGAUCCCCGAGCUGUCAACCAGGACAAGAAGAACAUGCUCUUCUCUGGCACCAACAUUGCUGCUGGGAAGGCCCUGGGGGUCGUCAUUGCCACGGGGGUUUACACAGAGAUCGGGAAGAUCCGAAACCAGAUGGUGGAGACAGAGCCUGAGAAGACCCCUUUGCAGCAGAAACUGGAUGAGUUCAGCCAGCAGCUCUCCAAAGUCAUCUUCCUGGUGUGCAUUGCUGUCUGGGUCAUCAACGUCAGCCACUUCAGUGACCCUGUCCAUGGGGGCUCCUGGUUUCGGGGGGCCAUCUAUUAUUUCAAGAUCUCAGUGGCCCUGGCAGUGGCUGCCAUCCCCGAGGGUCUCCCGGCUGUCAUCACCACCUGCCUGGCACUGGGCACACGCCGUAUGGCCAAGAAGAAUGCCAUAGUCAGGAGCUUGCCCUCUGUGGAGACCUUGGGCUGCACCUCUGUCAUCUGCUCUGACAAGACGGGCACCCUCACCACCAACCAGAUGUCUGUCUGCCGGAUGUUCAUUAUGGAGAAGGUGGAGGGUGCCCAGUGCAGCCUUCAUGAGUUCAGCAUCACUGGUUCCACCUACACCCCCGAGGGACAGAUCCUGAAGGAUGAGAAGCCCGUGGAGUGUGGGCAGUACGACGGGCUGGUGGAGCUGGCCACCAUCUGUGCCCUCUGCAAUGACUCCUCACUGGACUACAACGAGUCUAAAAAAGUCUAUGAAAAGGUGGGGGAAGCCACUGAAACAGCCCUGACAUGCUUGGUGGAGAAGAUGAAUGUCUUCAACACCGACACGAGCAAACUCUCCAAGGUGGAGCGAGCCAACGCCUGCAAUUCGGUGAUCAAGCAGCUGAUGAGGAAGGAAUGCACCCUGGAAUUCUCCCGGGACCGCAAGUCCAUGUCUGUUUACUGCACUCCCACCCGUCCCGGCCACAACUCUGCUGGCAGCAAAAUGUUUGUCAAGGGCGCCCCGGAAAGCGUGAUCGAUCGCUGCACCCACGUCCGUGUGGGCACUGCCAAGGUCCUGCUGACCCCUCCGGUGCGGGAGAAGAUCCUGAGCAGGAUCCGGGACUGGGGCAUGGGCAUUGACACCCUGCGCUGCCUGGCCCUGGCCACCCACGACUCCCCCGUCCGCAGGGAGACCAUGCAGCUGCACGACUCCACCACCUUCAUCCACUACGAGAACAACCUGACCUUCGUGGGCUGCGUGGGGAUGCUGGACCCUCCUCGCAAGGAGGUGACCUCCUCCAUCGAGAUGUGCCGCAAGGCCGGCAUCCGCGUCAUCAUGAUCACCGGUGACAACAAGGGCACGGCGGUGGCCAUCUGCCGCCGGAUUGGCAUCUUCUCAGAGACCGAGGACGUGACUGGCAAAGCCUACACAGGCCGGGAAUUCGACGAGCUGCCCCCCGAGGCACAGAGGCAGGCCUGCCGGGACGCCCGCUGCUUCGCCCGCGUGGAGCCGGCACACAAGUCCCGCAUCGUCGAGUACCUCCAGUCCUUCCACGAGAUCACCGCCAUGACAGGGGAUGGUGUCAAUGAUGCCCCAGCCCUGAAGAAAGCAGAGAUCGGCAUCGCCAUGGGGUCGGGCACCGCCGUGGCCAAGUCGGCUGCUGAGAUGGUGCUUUCUGAUGACAACUUCUCCACCAUCGUGUCAGCUGUUGAGGAGGGCAGGGCUAUUUACAACAACAUGAAGCAGUUCAUCCGCUAUCUCAUCUCCUCCAACGUUGGGGAGGUUGUUUGCAUCUUCCUGACAGCCAUCCUGGGCCUGCCCGAGGCCCUCAUCCCUGUGCAGCUGCUGUGGGUGAACUUGGUGACAGAUGGGCUGCCAGCCACAGCUCUGGGCUUCAACCCUCCUGACCUGGACAUCAUGGACAAGCUGCCCCGCAACCCCAAGAAGCCCCUGAUCAGUGGCUGGCUCUUCUUCCGCUACCUGGCCAUCGGAGUGUACGUGGGCCUGGCCACGGUGGGCGCAGCAACCUGGUGGUUCUUGUACGACGCCGAGGGACCACAGGUCUCCUUCCAUCAGCUGAGGAACUUCAUGAGGUGCACUGAGGACAACCCCCUCUUUGAAGGAAUUGACUGUGAGAUCUUUGAGUCCCGAUACCCCACGACGAUGGCUCUGUCUGUGCUGGUGACCAUCGAGAUGUGCAAUGCCCUGAACAGUCUCUCUGAGAACCAGUCACUGCUGAGGAUGCCACCAUGGCUCAACAUCUGGCUGCUGGGAGCCAUCAUCAUGUCCAUGGCUCUGCACUUCCUCAUUCUCUACGUCAAGCCCAUGCCUCUCAUCUUCCAGGUCACCCCCCUCAGCUGGCCCCAGUGGGUGGUUGUGAUGAAGAUCUCCCUGCCUGUCAUCCUGCUGGAUGAAGGACUCAAGUACAUCUCCCGCAACCACCUGGAUGGCAUUCUCAGGACUGUAAGCCACACGUGGAGUGAGGACCACCAGCUGAAAACCUGCAGGACUCCAGAAAAAGGAAGAGAACAAGACAUGAAUUACUCGAAGGAAACCCUCCUGACUAAAGGUUCCCUGCCCUGUAACUCGGACUGAAGUCUUGCAUGUGUGCCCAUCACUCCAAGCCAGCAGGACUUGCAUGUGUCCAACCAGCAGAAAAAUGCGGGUGAAGCGUCGAAAAGAAAAAAAAAAACCACCCCCAAUUUUGUUUUGUUUCGUAGCUUUCUUUUUCCUGUACAUAAGAGUGCAAUUACUGGACAGCUGGAGGAGGGUUUGGGGACAGAACUCUGUCUGGACCUGGGUCAUUCCUUGGGGAUUUGUUCCUGCAAAAUUUGAGACCUUCUUCCCCAGUUGUGCCCGGUGAGCUCGGGGCAAGGCAACCUUCAUGGGAGGAACCAGGAUUUUUGGCAGUAAGAGGAGCACAGGCAGGAGGCUGCUUCUCCAGACUGGGGGAGAUGGGUGAGGGUGUCUCAUGGGAGCAGGAAGGGCUGGGGAAGGAGAUGAAGGGGCCUUGGGCUGGGGUCAUCCAUGACAUCCCUGGUGUUGGGAGGGUGCUCACUGCAGCUGCUGCACUGAAAAUCCCUUCAGAGAGUGAGCACUGGUUCAUGGGUGUCAUGGGUGUUGGGUGCAUCCAGUGGAAGGUGAUGUUCUCCCUGUUUCUCAGGCUGUCCUGUUUGAUCCCCACCUUGUGGAAAGCUCUGCCCCUCUCAGGCUCAUCUGACACCAAAGUGCAACACACUCUUCUUGUCUUUUCUCCUCCUUCCAUGCCUUCUCAGAUCCCAUCUGCUCUAUUUAAGCCAUAGCCAGCUCCCUCCUAGGGGCAGCCAUUCUGAGCAAAGCAUGGGGAUGACCCAAUGUCUUCCUCAUGUCUACAGCUCCCUCCUGGUUAUGCUUUCUGUAGUUGGUUGCUUUUUUUAUACUAUUUCCCACUCAGGGGUAGAGCAGAAGUCCUUAGGAAUAUGUCCAUGAGGUCAUGUCCUUUGCCUUGGAAGACACUGGUGCCUUGCACAGGGCAUCCUUGUGAGCAGGGAUCCACCUCUGAGCUGGGAAUGAAUGUCUGUUUGUAAUAACCUGCUCCUUCCCCAGGAGUGGUGUCUGUGUGGCAUCCCUUUCUGUAAGGCACCAGCUCCUCUUUACUCUCUUGGGAUUUUUCUGCAGCAGGCGAAUGGAUCAGGAGUGGGGUUUGGGAUUUAGUAAACUGAUCUUUCUCCCUUGAGCUGCAUCAGCUGAGGAGCUGCUAGCUGGUGAUUUCUUCUCCAGCUCUCCAAAUCCUCUCAUUUUCCUCACAUUCCCCUCUGAUCCAUCCAGAUGAUACUCACUUAGCCAGCCCCUGCAUCUCUCCUUUCUUUUACAACCCAGCAGCAGCCCUGGAGCCAGGGCUUGGGACAGCAUUUUGUUCUUCUGCUGUUUUUUUUGUUUUGUUUCACUUUUUGCCUCUUAAAAGUUUCCAGUGCUUUCCUGUUUUCCUGUUUGCUCUUCCUCUUCCUCUGUACAGUAGGUGCCAAAUGUCAUCCUUCCUUUUAUUUCCCCAUCACCAGCAUUGAAGAUGAGCAGAGCCCCCAGACCAAUGGGAAUGUACAGAAUUGUUAUACUACUGAGCUGAUUUAAUUGUACAGAAAACCUUGCAUGAAAUGUUGUUACUGUAUUUAAUAUAUAUUGUAUUCACAGAAUUUUAAUAUGGAGCUCUUUAAAAAGAUCUUUAUAGACACUCUGUGGUUAGAUUGUUGCUGAUUUUUUUUUUUUUUUGGUUUGGUUUGUUUAAUGUUAUUAUACUUUGUCUUGAAGAAGUUUUGUUUUUCAGAUGUGUUAUGUCAGCUUGAUUUAACUGGUGAUCCCAUGGGGCAAACAAUUCUUCUUUAAAGAUUUUCACCAUGAAUGAGCUCACCCUGGUGCAGAGGACCAGGGCAUGAAGGCUUCAGUAAAACUCAUGCCACAAACCUGGAGUUUGCCCUUUCCUGAAAGCCUGGAGUUGGCCUCAUUUCAGUACAGAUGACCUCCAGCUCUCUGUACAGGGAAGGAACCAGCAGGAAUUCAAUGUUGGUGACUUUAGGGGAAACUGCUUCUGUGUUUUCCUGAGGCUGAAAACCAGUUGGGGAAGGGCUGGGCUGGAUCCAGAGCAUCCCAAGCAUCCCAGCCGUGUUUGUAGGCAUCUCCCUGGGACACCAGGUGCCCUUGGUCCCUGGUCCUGUUGGGACCUGCUUGGUCCUUCCCCUCUGUAUUGCAGCACCCCAGGUAAUUUGUUUCCUCCGGGCUUCAGGUCUGGUGUAGGUUUAUUAAUUUUAUCCUUAAGGAUUGGUGUAGGGUUAUUCAUUUUAUCUUUGUGUGUGUAGAAGAGUUUCUUGUCUAAAGGCCUCGCUAAUGAGUACUGAAUAAUGGAUGGGAGGCUCUAGUGUAAGGAGAAGGAAAAGGGGGAAAAAAACCCCACAAAAAAACCCCACAAAUGAGAGCUCAGAGAGGAAAUCAUGAAAUAUUAACUGGCUAUUGAAUCCCUGCUGGUAAAUUCUGUUCAGGCUCCCCUGGCAGCAGAUAGCUGGAGGUGGUGGUCCCAGGCAUCCUUCUGAACCUGCCCACUGAGAAGCUGCUUGGGGUGAUGCUGAGUUUAUUUAUUGCUGGUGGAGAUGCUGAGCUGGUUGUUUUGUCACUGGUGAAGGUGCAGCUGGAAGCCCAGACAGUGCUGCUCUGUUCAUGCAGCCAUUGCAGUGGUGACUUCCCAAAACUCAACCCAUCAGGGGAAGAAACCAGAGCUGUGUCCCCACCAAAGGCUUCAUUCCAGCACCAGCAAAGUGCAUUUGUUUGGUUUUUUUUUUUUUUUUUAUUUUAAACCUCUACAUCUGCCUAGAAAACAGUGCAGGAAAGCUGUGCUAAGAAGCCUGGAGCAGGCAUCCCCCCUUGACACAUCUCCCCAUUUCCCAUCUGAGCAGUUGACCACAUCUCUCUCUUUCCCCCCAUUCUGUAAUUCCUUAAAAUUCAGGUUUCAUUCCCUGGUUUUUGAUUACAGAGGCUUUUCCUUCAAAUGUUUCAAUGAAAUAGAAAAAGAUUGUUAGCUCUGAUUAUUUCUCCUUUAUGCUUUGGUGAAGGGUCAGGAUAAAUCACAGUUGUUACUUAUUGGGUGGAUGUCACCAGCCUCGUGCUGGGCACUUGGACAGACUGGGGCAUCUUCUUGUGCAAACUUGGUGAUCCCAGAGCUGAGACCAUGGCUUUGGGAUUGAGUUUUGGGUCUUACUGAGGCCCCUGAGUGUGUGCAAUAGGAGGGAGAUGGACACUGAGUGGUUGCUUUGCCCAAAAAAAAAGGCAGCUUGGGGGCAAAGCCUCAGGGAUCCUUCCAUUUUUUUAUAAUGGAGGGUAGGAAUUAUUUCUAUUUUAGUUUAAUUUUGGUGGUGCCACCUGGCAUAAGCAAGAGUUUUGAAAUAAAACUUGGGUCUUUCCAGCAAGACCUUUGGCAUGUGUGGGAUGCUGUGAUGGAUCCUCCUCACGUAGGGAAGGAUGUAGGAUUGUCCCCCUUGCACUUUAUUCUCCUUUUUUAGGGGCCAGGCACCCUGCUGGGUUGCAGCUAAGGGGUCAGCACCUUGGGGACAGCUUUGGGCAGCAGCUCUUGACAAGUCCUUGGUAUUGUUUUGGGAUGUUGUGGCUGGAUCAGCUCUUUCCCCUGUGGUGUGUGGUCCAUGGUGGAAAAACAAGAAGAUGGUUUUGAAAGCCAAGGAGUGUCCUGUGGUUUAUUUCUGUCCUGUGGCUCCAUAUGGCUCAGGGGCUGGGGGAGGUUUUGGAUUUGUGUGUUAGAGACUGUGAAGAUGUUGUGUGGGUGUUUCUGAUGCUCUCAGCGAAGGCUGGAUGGUACCCCCAGGUGCUGAGGAGGAGGGACAGGCUCUGCUGUAGGGGCUGGGGGGCUUCAUUCCUGUAACAGCCUCAAAUUUGGGAUUGAACCCAAAUCUCUGCUCACAGUGGGGGUGGCAGAAGCAGCCAGAGGGGCACUGGGAUGACUCGAGAGUCAUUUUUCAUCUUUUUUUUUUCUCUGUUGGGUUGAUGGUGCAGGGUCCUGCCCUGUGAACCCUCAUCAAAAAAUUGGUGUGCAGGAGCUCAGAGUGAUGCUGUCCUUGUUGGGGGGAGAUGUUCCUGAGCUCCAGUGACCUUGGUAUCGUGUCACUCCUGAAAAAUGAAACACACAGGAGUUCCCAAAAACAAUUACUGAAAAAACACUGUGACUUUUGGUCCAUCCCUGGCAUGGCCAUCACCUUGUGUCACUGCUGGGGAGAUUCAGUCCCCUCUGAAUCCCUCUUCAGUCCCAGCUGGGCUUUUUAUCCCCACCUCUGCAGUGCCACUUUCUGGUAGGGCUUGUCCUGGCCCAUCAUGGUUUGGGAUGAAGGAGAAGGGCUUCACCCCAUGCAGAGCUUGCAGGGCAGAGUUUGGGUUAGGAUUUGCAGGGCUGCAGUGAGGAAGGGGACUCACAGGGUGGAUUCUGCACCCUGGCCUGGUCCUUUUGGUGCUGCUCAGCUUUUGGGUUGAGGAGGGCAUGAAAUGAGCCUGUGUCUGUGUGGACCUGGAGUGUGAGGAUGGGGGGGAUGGGGAUGUGUGAGGGUGGGGAUGCUGCUGGCUCCAUCCAGGUGCUUGGGACCAAGAGGAGGGUGGCUGCUGAGCUGCUGGUAGGUGGCUUCCAUCCUGGAACAUGCUGACUUUUAUUUAUUUUUUAAUUUUUAAUCCGAGAUACCUGAACAGCCAAAUCUAGAAAUCUCUGAGUUUGUGCAUCAUAGUAAAAUGUAACCAUAUUUUUUUGGGGGGGUGGGUAUAGGAGGGUGGGUUUUGAGGGGUAGGAUUGAAAGAAACAAGGUUUCCUAUUUUAGUAUAUGAGAGAUAUUUUUCCACUAAAUUCCCACUUCCUAAACCCUGUCCUUUGUCCAGGUGUGCCAUGAAGGUUUGGGAAGGCUCCUGGGGGUCCCAUCCAUCCCACCCACUCUGUUCACACCGUAUCGAGCUGAUUUGUUUUCUACCUAAUGAAAUGACAGAAAUAAAAGCAAUUUUACUGGA